UGAUGUCCUGCCCAAAGUUUAGACUCAACAGGAUGAAACUUUUUAUUUUUUUCCUGAGCCAGUGAGUAGCGGAGAUUUGCCCAGCCUAACUACGAUUUUUCUUUAAAGAUAACAGAUAGUUGAGAUAUAAUCGUUUGAAGAACCGCGGGGCACUGUCGGCCAAACGUUCAUAUUGUUGUUUUUUUUUUCCUGUCUUUUGCGGUUGCCUCUGCGGUUUUUCCUUUUUUUUUUUCUCGAGAGCUGGGGCCGCGGACGACAACACAGAUUCCUGAGUGGAGUAGAUAUGCGCUUUGUUACAUGUACAAGAAUGCCAGCAGGAAACAACGGGAAAACGAUGCAUUUUACUGCAGAUUCCGACAGCUAACACAUUUUGUGAGAAAAGAACUAACUUUUGAAGUAAACUUUUAGAAUGACUCUGGAUAUGCUUUACUGAGUCUCGUCGAGAUUUUCCAGAUUUCCUGCUGCGUGUCAAAGGUUUUAGGAUUGGCUCAAGUUUCCUUUUGACUGAGUUUCUGCGCGUUAUCGUUUCGAGACACUUAUAAAAGUUUAGCCAACAGUUGUUUGCGUUUUUUUUUUGUUUUUUUUUGGUGGGGGAAAAUGGAUCCGAACCAGCACAACCCUCCAGCCGGACACCAGAUCGUCCACGUAAGGGGCGACUCGCAGACUGACCUGGAGCUACUUUUUAACAGCGCGAUGAAUACGAAAAACAGCAACGUCCCCGCUUCCCUGCCUAUGAGGUUGAGGAAACUGCCGAAGUCCUUCUUCACGCCCCCAGAACCCAAGUCCCACUCCAGACAAGCCAGCACUGAUGCUGGGAGCGGCGGAGUGCUUACCCCCCACCACGUCCGUGCACACUCUUCCCCAGCCUCCCUGCAGCUGGGAGCUGUUAAUGGUGGCUCCCUCUCUGGAAUGGCCUCUGCGGGGGCCUCUCCUCAACAUCUCCGUCAGUCUUCAUAUGAGAUUCCUGAUGACAUGCCCCUGCCAGCAGGGUGGGAGAUGGCCAAGACUUCCUCUGGCCAGAGAUACUUUCUUAACCACAUUGAUAAAACCACCACUUGGCAGGAUCCUCGCAAGUCCCUGCUCCAGAUGAAUCAGCCUGCUCCCCCCAGUUCUGUGCCAGUCCAGCAACAAACCCUUAUGAACCCCGCCAAUGCAGGACCCCUUCCUGAUGGCUGGGAACAGGCCAUAACACCAGAGGGAGAAAUUUACUAUAUCAACCACAAGAACAAGACCACAUCCUGGCUGGACCCACGACUUGAGCCACGUUAUGCACUGAACCAACAGCAGAUCACACAGAGUGCUCCGGUGAAACCGUCCGGGCAGCUGCCUUCCAGCACCCAUGGUGGAGUCCUGGGAGGAAAUAACCAGCUCAGACUGCAGCAGAUGGAGAAAGAGAGACUCCGACUGCAGCAGCACAGACCACAGGAGCUUGCUUUGAGAAACCAGCUGCCCACCAGUAUGGAUCAAGACGGCAGCACAAACCCUGUGUCCUCCCCUUUGGCCCAAGAUGCUCGGACUAUGACUGUCAACAGUUCGGACCCAUUCCUCAACAGCGGGACCUACCACUCCAGGGAUGAGAGCACAGACAGCGGACUGAGUAUGAGCAGCUACAGUGUUCCUCGCACUCCAGAUGACUUCCUGAACAGUGUGGACGAGAUGGAUACGGGAGACCCUCUCCCACCCUUCAUUGCAACGCAGCCCAGUCGUUUCCCUGACUACCUGGACGCCAUCCCGGGAACAGACGUGGAUCUGGGCACACUGGAGGGUGAGAGUAUGGCGGUGGAGGGCGACGAGCUGAUGGCCAGUCUGCAGGAGCCGCUGAACUCCGACAUCCUCAGCGACAUGGAGUCUGUACUGGCAGCUACCAAGAUCGACAAGGAGAACUUCCUGACAUGGUUAUAGAGGACCCGAGCAGAGGGGUGGGGCGCACCUUAAUCCUUGUUCACCGCUGCACUCUGAACUUUUGCCUGCUCUGAUCUAUGAAGGAUUCAUAGAUGCUUUUACCAGACAUUUCAGCGAGCCUCUCUGAACUUCUGUGCCUCUCAGCGCGUAAGGCCUAACCUCUUUUCAGGCAGUAUUCGGAUCUUUUCACUAGUGUUUUUAUCUUUUUAAACUUGUCUGUGUCUUCAAGGCUGGCCUAUGAACAGACAGUUAUGCAAGGGCCCCAAAAAUGUUCACAAGGCUGUCAGCUUAUCAGAUCAUAGCUGAACUGACCAAGUGCAUGUGCUCCUCUGCAAGGACUUCCCAAGUUGCUUCCCGCCUGGAGUCUCUGGAGCUGCUCUGUUUUUGCAGUGCCACAAAGUAUCUGUGUUUGGGACUAUUGAAUUUAGUUAAAUAGCUUUAUGUUUGCCUCAAAUGUUUUUGUUUUCUUCCAACAAGCCUGAAAAACCAAAAAUGAUGUAUUUGAAGCAUAAAGAACAAUACUGAUUUGGAGCAAAGGUAAUGUGAGGCGCGAUUUGGAGAUAGUGGCUUUGCUUUUUGUUGGGGUGGGUGGUAGGGGGUGGGGUUUGAAGCAGGGGACUGACUACAUUGCUGCUUGGCUGUGCCAGCAAGUCUAAGUUAAACCGUUGAUCGAUCAAGUGCCUUCGGAUGUAUUUUUUAAGACGCGAGCGACUCGAACAAUUUACCCAGUAUGUAUAAUUCAACAACAGGCGUCAGGCUGUAUUCAUGCAUAUAAGCUGCAUGAUUCCUAACUGUUUAAUAAUCAAACUGUAUUAUACUUUUAUUAUGGGGAUGUUUUCUAACCCUUAGCUUCUUUUUAUCUCAGUCUUAUCCAAGCCUAACCUUGUGUUUUUAUUUGUAGUUUGCCACACGUAUGAAAGCUUAGAUCAAAUGGCGUUUUUUUGCUAGUAUUUGUGUUAAUUUCUAUAUCUUAAUAGGGUCAACCUUUAUCGCAGCAUGUUGUUUCAGCACUCCGGCAUGCUUUUUAUAUAUAUAUAUAUAUAUAUAUAUAUAUAUAUAUAUAUAUAUAUAUAUAUAUAUAUGUAUGUAUAUAUAUAUAUAUAUAUAUAUAUAUAUAUAUAUAUAUAUAUAUAUAUAUAUAUAUAUAUAUAUAUAUAUAUGUGGUAAUUUGUUUUCCUUCUCUCUUUUUUUGCUUUACUAGACAUACUUAUUAGUGUUAUUGUAUUUGUAUUCAUCACAAGCAGCUUUUUGCCAUCUCUGCUAAAUAUGAACCAAAAACAGGCAGAUCAGAAGGCCCAACAGACACUGUAACUCAAGCAUGUAACAGGACACAUGAAUUACAUGAAUUCACAAUGUUUGAAACUGACCCCCACCACCCUCUAUGUGAUACUGUGUUGAGCAUUUAUAAAAGCAGGAAUGUUUAAUAGAGUGGGCUUGGACAAGUUAAAGCAGGUUUUAGUCAUGCUUAAGCGUAAUGUAGUGGAAGAGUUUGGCUAAUUGCUGUAAGUUACACAGUGUGUGUGUUUUGUUUUAUUUUUAAUGGGAUAAUUCAGAAACAAUCAGAUGUUUCAGUCAGGAUUCCAAAGAUGUGCUUUUCUUCUAAUGACACUACCCUUAUUUUUACUUAAAUCAUUGAGAAACGUCGCCAUUUUUUAAAUCAUUCUCUGUUUGAACAAAACCAUAUAAGCUAAUGAGAUGAUUUCUGUGUUUUCAAGUGUUAACGGACACAUCUGAGUAGUUCUAGCUGACAGGUUCUGUUAGAUGGCUGAGUGCCUGACCCGACGGAUUCAGAACAGAGAAGCGAUUGUCGAACAGUGUGCACAUGUUUACAUAAUUUACAAAACUGCUCCAGCGGCUGUGCAGACGACACACUGACAGCUUUUCUCAUGGUCAUGCCGAUGUUUACAUGAUGGCUACACCUGUGCAUUAACUGCAGUAACCUUUGGAUAAUCUUGAUUGAGGCCUUGCUGGAUGGCACACUGAUUCUGUUGCCAGCCAACAGUGAACUGAUAGCAUUAACUUGAUGGAACACAUGCAUAUACAUGUAUUUUAGAUUAGAGGACAUGAACAUUUUUUUAUUUGUUGUUAUUUUGUUUGAGAACUUCCUUUUAGUCCUGAUUUUUACUGAUCAUGAAACCACGUGUUCAUGGAUUUUAAGCGGUGUUGGUGAAAGCAAUGCGACUAAAAUAGGUGGUACACCACAAUGCUUCCAUAACAUGGCUAGUUUUAAUUUUAUCGCAACAAUGACUUUCGUCACACAUCUGAUUUUAUCCUUACCUAGUGUAAAUUGUAAGAACAUUAUUAGCUGUUGACUCAUUGUAGCAUUAGAACUAAUCACAAGUUAAAGUUUUUUUAUUUAGUUUUUUGAAUGCACACAAAAUGAAUUUAUAUUCAUUAAUGACAGUUUUUUUCAUUUUUGAUAGAUAUGUGCAUGUGUAGAACAAUACAUUCUGUUACAUUAUACAUUUCUUCAUAUAUUUUGAAACUGGCCUUAAAUAAAGUAUAUACUUUGUGUUAAAAUUA